AUGUAUUACAGCCCCGAGCUCAGCUCUAGCUCUACGGGACCGCAUUCGUCAAACGUCGCUACCGGCAUGGCUCAGUUCAACGUCGAGGAUGACGAGCAGAACUCGUUCUACGGCACACCGUCACUGGUGUACGACGAACCCAUAUGCGUGCACUACGUCCCGCCAUCGGCCAUCUCCAACAAGUACUACACGCUCGAAGCGCCCCCACCCAACGACCUUGCCGGCCAGCCCCAUCUAAUCCCACCCAUUCCGACCACGACCACUCACGUCCCCAUUUUCACAACAUCCCCCGCGUCUCAACGCUCUGUUCCUGUGCCGCUUGGAAGCCACGAUCUUCCGAAACACAGAAGAAACAAAGACGACCCCGGCGGCAGCUCUGGCCAAGUGGCGCAGCCUGCGGCGCUCGUCUCCGAGCAACCGCGCGCCGGACCGUCAUAUCACGGAAGCCCCAUGCACGAGUCUCACCCGGCGGUCCACCUGCCCACCGACGAUGGCGCACACGCGGACUCGCGCUCCCCGACCCCGAACUCUAGCUACUACGUGCCCCUCGAGGCGGCCGCGUGGAGCACACCGCUCUCUGGGUUCUCCGAGCUCGCCACCGCGCUCCUCCCGCCCCCCUACUACAUCGUCCACUCCCCGAACGAGCCACAGCAUCUCUACAACGCCGCAUCUCACCUCACGGCCGCGCCCGACGCCACUGCCACCCCCGGCGGCGCGGCGCGCGUCCCGCCCCACGAAAGGCCCAAGACGCAGCGGCGCCUCCUCCCGCACCACGCCGCGCCUCCGACGUCGAACUGGACGUCGGCAGGCGGUGGACCCAAGACGGAGCCGAACGAGGACACGCCCCGCGCGCGGUUCGUCUACUCGCCGACGACCGCGCGGCGCAUCAACGUCUCCGUUGGCAGCGCGGGCCUCCUGCAACUGGUUAGCUCGGAGCUGCGCGAGCCCUUGGAGGCGAAGACGCGCCACAAGCGCCUGGCGAGCACGAACAAGGCGUGCGCCUUCUGCCGGAAGCGCAAGAUCGCGUGCGGGGGCCCCUUGGCGGGGGACGAGUCGCGGCGGUGCGGGAUGCUCGCACGGAAGCAGCCUACGUCUCAGGCUCGCGCGCGGAGAGUGCGCGCCAUGAACGCCAUCCGCGUCAUGUCCGGUGUCGGUGCGGACGCGCGCGCGCACGCCAAUGGGGAGGACAAUGCAUCCAACGCCGCCAACCCUGCGAGUUUGCCACCGCGUCGUCUUCGUCUUCGUCGCCGCCUCUCACGACUUCCAAGAGAGGCGACGCUCCACCCGGCGUCGACCACCCCGCAGUUGAAUGAUGUGCUCAGCGCCAUCAAGGACAUUUGCCUCCCGCCCCUCCUUUGGUUUCGUGACUGGGCAUGA